AGCCGCCAACUCGGGUAGUCACGCGUCCGCCAAACUCGCGUUCGACAGUUUUUAGUCGUUUUCCGAUAGUUUUCCGGUCUAAUAUCGAUUGCCGUUCGGACCCUCGGUAUUCUGAGAACAUAUACUGACCGAAAGGGAUAAAAAAAUUUAUGCGUGGCGGCGACCAAAAGCAAAACUAGUCGCUGGCGAUCUGCUGAUACUGAGUUCCGGGGGCGGUAAAAUGUGUAUCUUGAGCGCUGUUGGACUUGGAUCAAACUCCCCCAAGAGAUAUUUCAGUAUCUGGACAUUCGUCUCCAUGUUCGUCGCUUCGUGACGCGACAGAUUUCCGCUAACGUCAUCGCAUGGCCGAGUAACAAUUUCAUUGUUGGUUGAGAAUGAAAGAUUCGACGGAGGUCAUCCUCGAAAACUCGCGCUUCUGGUUCCAGAAGGUGCUUGUGCCGUUGAUGAUGUGCGUGGGAGUCGCCGGAAACACCGUAACCGUCAUGGUGAUGACUAGGCGCCGCAUGCGGAGUUCGACGAAUAUCUACUUGUCAGCUCUGGCUAUCGCGGACAUUAUCUACCUUUUCUUCGUGCUCGUGCUAUCGUUCAAGCACUACAGCAACAUCAACGACAGGAAGUAUGAGCUGUACUGGAGGUUUUUCGGCCUCAGUCAUUGGCUGUGCGACGCUGCUAGCAGCACAUCGGUGUGGUUGACCGUAUCCUUCACGAUCGAGCGCUACGUGGCUGUGUGCCACCCGAUGAAGGGCAAACAUUUGUGCACUGAAAACCGCGCCAAGACCGUCACCGUAGUGGUUUUCAUGUUCUGCAUCCUCACCACCGCAUCCACUACCUUCGAGUACCAGCUGAGUCUCAACGACACGGUCGCGUGCAAAGAGUGCAAACCGGAGCCCAAGAAACCCCCCUCCGUCACCAACGCGACCAACGUCAACGCUACCGCCGCAACCGCCGCCGACGCCGACGUCAACUACAUAACCAUGGCCGUCCCCGAUGACCGCAACUUGACGUCGACGCUCAAGAAUCUCUUGUCCAAUUGCACCACGAACCACCCCCACGUCAUCUACGUGUACCCCAAGGUCAGCGGACGACAACCGUCGAACGUGACGAUAGUUCACCGGGUCCCGGACGACUCUCUAGACGUCACGGCACCGUCUGAGUACGACGACGGCAGCAACGACACCGCCAACGUCACGGCGAAGACUUGUUGCGCCCCCAAGUACUUUAUAUACGUCGAGAGUACCAACCUGGGAAGGAACGACAACUAUAGAACUUUUAUGAGCUGGUACAGCGCCAUCUUUUUCGGCCUCUUCCCGCUCGUACUGAUCGCGACGUUUAACUGUUUCCUGAUCCGCGCGGUUUACCUGUCGCAGAAGAUGCGCCGGCAGAUGACUAACAAUUCCCACGCGCAGACUCAGGACUCCGUCGCCAUGUCCAACGAGAACCGCAUAACUCUGAUGCUGAUCGCGGUGGUGGGGAUGUUUCUCAUCUGUCAAACACCGACCGCCUCGUACCUCAUCUACUACAAUUUGUAUCCGCCCGUGGAGCAGAGACAGAUCAACGUUCAAACGAUACUCGGCAACGUUUCGAACUUCCUGAUCACCGUCAACGCGUCGUGCAACUUUCUGCUCUACAGCAUCAUGUCGAAACGUUUUCGCGCUACCUUCAAAAAACUGUUUUGGGAAAGGGACCGUGCGAGACAAGACACGAUGGCGCUGUCGUCGACCAAAAGUCGCAACUCACAAAAGUUCAACCCGCUGAGGCACGGCAUCAGACGGAACGCCUCCGAAUACCGUACUCCAAGAAACUUGGAGGUAACUAUCUAUUUCUUUAACAAGGGCAAGUACGUAACCACGUACCGGCUGAACGUGUGGUUCAAGCAACUUCGGGGGCCUUACUGACCGCCGGAGCUUUUCCCACGUUGCCCCUCCCUCUGACGCAGAGUUUGACGGGAGCUCCGCGAGCCAAGUCUCUGAUGGUUCGGCCUGUGGGCAAAGCGAAAUCGGACGAUCUCAUCGUCUGAAGUAUUAAACUGUGUUAGUUUUUCUAAGAUGUGCU